CUUGCUCUUUCACGCACCUCUCAUGGAAGCAGGACUCAAAAAGCUCUUUCAACUUGUGCAUCAUGCUUCAGCUUGGAUAUCUUGGUGCAGCACGAUUGAGUUAGUUCAUUCUGUUUUAUCACUGCACCCGACAUGUUCCUGCGUUAGUAGCUGUGGUGGAAAAAAAGGAAUAGAAAGCUGCUGCGCUGCUUUUUCUUGCUGGGGACAGCCUGUGCUUGGAAAUCUGUGAUGCUCUUGAAAGUUUCUUCUCUUGCCUUUGUGAUGCCUGAGCAGCACAAUGGGAAUACUGCAGGGCAAAUCCUGUCUUUAGUGAUGCCAAUUGCCUUUUGACCUUUUGAAAUAUAUUGAAAUAUCGUACUGAAAAGGUUAGCUGUUGCUGUUUUACAUUGAAUCUUGCUUUUUAUCCUUCUGCCAGACUGUACAAGCCCCUUUAAUUUGUAUCUGCAGCAGCUGGAAUCAAACAUGUCAGAUGAAUGCAGACUACCACUGCAGAAACUGGGGCUCGAGCAAUCAUCAAGAAAUGGAAAGAUGGGACUGUUGGUGGCCUUAGUGCUGCAGAGUAGAGGUACUCUGUAAAGUGACUGGCAAAUGGGUGUCCUGACUGGCACGUUUCACCUUAGUGAUUUUUAGCUCAGCUUCGAGCUCAGAACCAAGUACUGAAAAAAGGGGUUGUAGAUGAGCAAGCGAACUCUGCUGCUCUGAAGGAGCAACUGAAGUUGAAGGAUCAAUCACUGAGAAAACUGCAACAAGAAAUGGACAGCUUGACCUUUCGAAAUCAGCAACUUGCCAAGCGGGUGGAGUUACUUCAAGAUGAACUUGCAUUAAGUGAAGCUAGAGGCAAAAAGAACAAGAAAAGUGCAGAAUCAUCUCAGUUGAGUCAAGAGCAGAAAAGCGUCUUCAAUGAAGAUCUUCAGAAGAAGAUAGAAGAGAACGAACGACUGCAUAUACUUUUCUUUGAAGCAGACGAGCAGCACAAACGCUUAGAAGCAGAGCUGAGAACUAGACUUGAAGUUUUGGAAACUGAUGCUGCCCAGCAUCAGGCUGUGGUGGACAGUUUAACAAGGAAAUACACAGAUACUAUAGAAAAGCUGCAGAAUGAUAAAGCCAAAUUGGAAAUCAAGUCUCAGACACUAGAAAGAGAAGCUAAGGACUGUAGGCUUCGAACCGAAGAAUGUCAGCAACAGUUAAAGAAUCUUCAAGCAGCUUUGGGCAGUAGACUGGAAGAAUCUCUAUGCAUAAUCAGUGAAAAAGUACCUUUUAAUGACACAAGAUCAAAUCGGUAUAAUGCUCUGAACAUACCAUUACACAACAGAAGAUAUCAGCUCAAGCUGCGAGACCUUGCUGGCCAGGCACUGUCUUUUGUUCAAGAGCUUGUAACAGCUCUUUUGAACUUUCAUACAUACACUGAGCAGAAGGUCCAGAUCUUUCCCAUUGAUUCUGCAACAGACACUAUAUCACCAUUAAAUCAGAAGUUCUCACAGUAUCUUCAUGAAAAUGCUUUGUAUGUUCGCCCUCUGGAGGAAGGAAUGCUUCACUUGUUUGAGAGUAUUACUGAAGAUACUGUGACAGUCCUGGAAACAGCUGUGAAAUUGAAGGCCUUCUCAGAACAUUUAGCUUCAUACCUAUGCUUUUUAAGAAAGAUUCUUCCUUAUCAGUUAAAAAGUUUGGAAGAAGAGUGUGAGUCUUCUCUUUGCACAGCUGCUUUAAGAGCUAGAAAUAUGGAACUACACAGAGACAUGAAAAGGUUGACUGCGGUCUUUGAGAAGCUACACACAUAUAUUAGUCUUCUUGCUUUACCAAGCACAAAACCAGAAGGACUACUUCGAACAAAUUACAUCUCGGUGUUUACAAGCAUUGCAGCAAGUCUUCGUGGAUCUCAUGACAUUUUAAAAGACAUUUCCAAGCACUACAGUCAGAAAGCUACAUUAGAACAAGACAUUCCAACUGUCACACAGAAACUCAUAACUACAAAUGACUGUAUUUUGUCCUCUGUUGUGUCUUUAACAAAUGGAAUGGGCAAGAUUGCCUCGUUCUUUAGCAACAACUUGGAUCAUUUCACUGCUUUGUUAAGCUAUGGCCCAAAAGGAGGAACAGAGUUCAUCAGCCCUCUUUCAGCUGAGUGUAUGCUGCAGUACAAGAAAAAGGCAGUUGCUUACAUGAAGUCUUUGAAGAAGCCUUGUGCAGAUUCAGUGCCUUAUGAAGAGGCUUUAGCCAAUCGCAGAGUUCUUCUGAGUUCCACGGAAAGUAGAGAAGGUCUUGCACAACAGGUCCAGCAGAGUUUAGAAAAAAUUGCAAAACUUGAACAAGAAAAAGAACACUGGAUGUUGGAGGCCCAGCUAGCUAAAAUAAAACUAGAGAAAGAAAACCAAAAACUGAAGAACUCUCUUAGUGGAUAUUUAGCUGAAACUAUACAAGAACGUUCUGUUUUGCCAAAUGUAACUGAACAAAAGGAGGAAACAACAGAAAAGAGUCAGAGGGAACCUAUUAAAAGUACUAGUCUGGUUGGGAUGUUGACUAUAGCUACUGAUAAUGAGAAGGCUCCAGAUGUUGAGUCUCGUGAAGACUUAAUAAAAAAACAUUAUAUGGCAAGGAUAGCAGAACUUACAUCUCAUCUACAGCUUGCUGACAGCAAAUCUGUACACUUUCAUGCUGAGUGUCGAGCACUUGCCAAACGACUGUCUUUAGCGGAGAAGUCCAAGGAAUCACUCAUGGAAGAAUUGAAACUAGCUAGUCAAAACAUCAGUAGAUUACAGGAUGAAUUGAUGACAACAAAGAGAAGCUAUGAGGAUCAGUUAAGUAUGAUGAGUGACCAUCUAUGCAGUAUGAAUGAGACCUUAACUAAACAAAGGGAAGAAAUUGAUACACUAAAAAUGACUAGUAAGGGAAACUCUAAAAAGAACAAAAAUCGAUAGUUCCUGGCUCAACUGUCCAUGGAGGCUGCUGCUGAACAGAAUGCAGAUAUUGAACAUUCAUUGUCCAGUUCCUGCUUGUUACAGGAAGCAGGGGUGGUAUUUGAUCUAGUAAAAAUGGGAUUGGUGCUGUAAAUGGCUUUAAAAUACUUAGAAUUUCUAACAGAACUUCAUGUUGUUGUAUCUAAACCGGGACGCAUACACUCUGUGGAUAAUUUAUAUAGUAAUUACCUUCAGUUUUUACUGUGCACUUUUUAAAACUGGGUUUUAAUUUCAUGUAAUAACUACAGCUUUUGUAUAUUUUUCAAAUAGAUUAUGCAUUAACAAAUUUGGUAUCAGUACAGUAGUUGUCUAUUCUUGAGUUACGUUAAACUGUCAACACAUGUACAUUCAGUUACUUGUUAAUAAGUUUAGAAGUUAUUUUUGAGAAUUUGGCCACGUAAGCUGUGCAGCUACUGUAAAUGUAUUCCUGUUCUCAGCCCUUUUGAACUAAUUGGAAUUGUGGCUUUAAAUGAUUUCUAUAAAAUCACACAAGCAAAUGGGAUCAUUCUUAAUUUAGAUUGCAAUAGUUCAAACUUUCUGCUUGUAUUUGGCACUUUGAAUUUUUGAAAUAAAGAGCACAAAUAGCUGAACUGGGAUACUUCUAUGAAAUUGUUUUUAAGCCCUUAUUUAGGCAUUUUGUUUACAUGUAUAUGUACUGGUUGAAAUAGCUGUUUAAAUUUAGAGGACAAUGUGAUCGUAUAUUCCUUCACUCUUUUGGGGCAAAUUGUGUGUAGAAUAGAACAGCUUACUGUGCUCUCUUAUGGUAAAGAAUAUGAAAUACAUAGAAAAUUUAAACACUGAAUUUGGAAAAAGUCUUUCAUGGAAUUAAAUCCUGAUAGAUUGACUGGGGAUAUGCACAUGGUUUUCUUGUGUUUUGGGAAGUUUGUGAACUUUAGGCCUUUCCUAAUUUUUUUUUUAAGUGAAGUCCAAUACCAAAAGUUUUCAUGGCAUUGACUUUUUUUAAAACAGAUGCUGUGCUGCUCACACUUUACACUGAUCUUCUGUUUCAUAAAUUGCAUUAUGGCACUUGUCCCAUAAGGGUUCACUCUGAUAUCAACUGUGUCGGUGUUAUUAAUAUGCAACAAUAAAAUCAACUAGACAAAAA